UUAGCUUGCCGUUAGUGACGUUUUACCAAUUUGCCCUUAAUUGUUGUUUGGCGCGAUUUAGGUAACAAUUGUGACUGAAAUUCCAAAAAAAAAAAAACUUCUCAACUUCUCUUCUUUCUCUCUCCUUUCCCCUGUUCUUCAACCCUCAUCAAUUCUACUGUAACUGACAAAAUUCUGGGUAGAUCUUCAAGAAUUUAGUGAAAUUUGUUGCGUUCUCUUUUGGCGAGUUCGUGGGUGUUCGUUUGGUGAAUUCGCGACAAAAAGGGGGCAACUUGGAGGCGAUUUAGAGCUUCGGGUGCAGUGGACGAACAAGGGCCCUUUUCCUAGUUGGAUUAUCUACUUCAAGGAUGACUGCAAUGUGGUUGUUAUUGCAUCAUGGAUCACAUAGCUUUGAUGUGAGAGUUACAGACAUGGAAAAGUAUCGUCUUUUGAGGUUGUUUUUGGAUAUUUUUGAGGAAUCUGUUAGGCAGGAUGUGUUUUUACCUAGUACAUUUGCCCUGUUUAUUGAGUCUCCCUGUGGUAGAGUUGAGUUGGUAGAUGAUAAGACAAUGAAGCUAAUGUGGGGAUGGAAUUGGGGUAAGGACACUGCUGAAAUAUGGGUUGAGGGUACAGACAAACCAGGAGUGGUGUUUAGAAAUGCUGUUGCCACAAUUGAGCAUCAUAGGAAGGAGAGUGAGAGAAAGCUCAAAGAGAGACAAGAUGAACUUCUUAGGGCUCAAAGAAAGGAGGAAGAGGAAAUGAGGAAAAAACAGGAGAGAGAGGACAUUUUAAGGGAACUUCAAGAACAAAUGGAGUACACAAUAGCUGUGGAGGUGCCUGUGGUUGAUUGUGAGGACUUAAGCACUGAGUAUGUGAGGAUUAUAAGCAAGGAUGGUGCUGAUGAGGUGUUUCCAGGAGCCUCUCAACCACAACCCACACAAGAAUCUUCACCCUCCAAAAAACCUACUUCUCCUAAACCAAAACAAAAGGCCAAAGUCAAGCCAACUACUCCAAAAGCUCCUAAGGUUCCUAAAGCCAAGAAACUGACCCCUAAGAGGAGACCCACCCCAACUCAAAAACAGGCCACACCAAAGGCAAAAAAACCCACCCCAACAACAAAAAAGCCCACCUCAACACCACAGCAACCCACCCCAACUCCAGAACAAUCAAUCCCACCAGCACAGCAACCCACCCCAACAACACAGCAGCCCAUCCCACCACCACAGCAACCCAACCCAUCACCACAAACACACCCCACCCAUUCCCCACCACCACAGAACACCCAAAAUGAUCAACCACCCCAUUCCCCACCACCACAGAACACCCAAAAUGAUCAGCCACCCCAUUCAACACCAACACAGAAUCAGUCUGAAGCUGUUAAAAGGAAGGGGGCCAGAACUAGACCUACAGGGUUCAGGGUGAACAAAGUGACUGCCAAGAAAGCUGGAACUUGGGUAUCCAAAGGGAAGGGCAUAGGUAGGAAGGGUACAGGGAGGUCAAAGAGUGCAAGGGUGUUCACUGAUAUUGAGGAUAUAGGUUCAGAAGAGGAGAGUGAGGAUUCAGAUUGGGAGGAAUCUGAACCAGACUCUGAACUAGAGGAGGAUAAACUUGAUGAUUGGGUUGACUCUGAUGUGGAGGCUGAGGUGAUAACAGAUGAUGUGCCUGACUUAUUGUUUGAGGAAUGUUUGGAUGGUUCUAGUAAGAUGGAUAAGGCCUACAAGAAUGGAAAGAUAUGGACUCAUCAACCAUAUGGGUCCAUCAAAUUAGAACCUUGGUUGAUCUUUCCAGACAAGUCCACUUUCCUAGAUGUUUUGAGGAGUUUUUGCAUACAAGAGGGGUUUGGACUAAGUGUUGAGAGGGCUGACAGUAAGAGGUACACUGCAGUGUGUGCAAUAGAAACUUGUGACUGGAGGAUACAUGCAAGUAAGAUGGUUGACAGUGUCAGUUGGGCUAUUAAGGGGAUCAGUGGGUGCCACAAAACUUGUGGGAGAUUGGAGGAGAACCCUGUGGUGACCUCUGAGUGGCUAUGUAAGAACAUGAUGAGUCUAAUUGAGGCCAACACUGAAAUUCCUGUUGAGACAUUGAGAAGGUAUGCACAGGAGACAUUUCAAUUGAGGGUUAAAAAGAGAUUGUUGUACAAAGUAAGGAGUAUGGCAGUAGAGAAGAUACAUGGUGGUUGGGCUGAGGCUUAUGAGUUGCUUCCUAGGUAUGCUGAGAUGAUUAAACAGACAAACCCAGGAAGUUAUGCACUGAUUUCAUGGGGUGCUACAAGUGGGGAUGUGAACCCCAAGUUCAGAGCUUGUUUCUUCUCCUUUGCUGCUCAAGUCAAGGGGUUUUUGAGGGGGUGCAGGCCUAUAAUUGGAAUAGAUGGGGCUCAUCUAAGUGGGUUUUACAAGGGAAUCCUACUCACAGCUGUUGGCAUUGAUGGGAACAAUGAAAUAUUUGUUCUGGCUUAUGGGAUAGUGGACACUGAGAGCUGUGAUAGUUGGACACAUUUCAUGAGAUGCUUGAGGCAGAUGUUUGAGCAAGAGGGUUGCAACAAAGAUGAUUGGACCUUCAUCAGUGACAGGAUGAAGGGAGUUGACUUGGCAGUGAGAGAUACUUUUCCUAGAGCUACUAGGAGAGUUUGCUGCCAACACUUGUACAUGAAUUGCAAAAACAAUGGAUUUAGUGGAUCUGCUUUCUUCAAACUGUUUUGGAUAGCUGCAAAUGCACACAAUGAGUAUGUGUAUGGUAAAGAAUUAGAGAAGAUCACUGCUCAUGAUCCAAAUGCUGCUGCAUACUUGGACACAUGCCAGGAGCAGUGGUCCAGGCAUAUGUUUGACCCUUCUGUUUGUUGUGAUCACAACACAACAAACUUUGUGGAGUCAUUCAAUGCAUGCACAAAACCAUACAGAGACAUGCCUGUAUUCUCAUUGUUGGAAGCAAUCAGAAAGUGGUGUAUGGAGAGGGUUGGGGCAAGAUUUGACAUGGCAAUUGAUAUGGAGGAUGGUCAGUUGACUGAGUAUGCCAAGAAAGAGGUGGAUGAAAGAACAGGAGAGUCUAGGUUCUGCUAUGCUACAGCCUGUGGUGGGGGGGAAUUUGAGGUCAGAGAUGCACAUGUGAACUUCCCCAUCAGGUUAUCAACUAGAAGCUGUGGGUGUGGGAAGUGGCAAAUUUCUGGAAUCCCCUGCAAGCAUGCACUCAGGGUAAUUUAUGACCAAAGGCUGAACCCCAUUGAUUUUGUCUCCCCAUUCUUCAAGUCUGCUGCAUACAAGCUUACAUAUGCAGACCACAUUCACCCCAUGUCAGACCCAACACAGUGGCCUAACUUUUCUCUCCCUACCAUUCAGCCUCCAGUCAUCAAAAGACAAGCUGGCAGACCUGCUAAGAAGAGAAAGAGAGGACCAAAUGAACCCAGGAAGGGGAAGAGAAACAGCAAUGUGAAAUGUGGAAAGUGCAGGGAGUUUGGUCAUAACUCAAGGACAUGUAAGAAUGGAGGACCAAGCACUGGACCAAGCACUUCAGCAGCAGCAGGAGCAAGUACAUCACAAGGGGGUUCAAGGGGGAGGAAAAGAGCAAACACAGCAACUUAA